UUUUUGAUAACUAAUUUUUAUUUCUAUUUAUUUUAUUUUUUAUUAAACAUUUGACAUAAUAAAAUGUUGAGAUAUCGAGGUAAAAAGAAAGUGUUGGACAAAGUGAAAGAAUUGGACGCUUUCCCGAAAGUUCCUGAGGAGUAUGUGGACAGUACGCCGGUAGGCGGAACGUUUUCGGUCAUCACCUUUUUUAUUAUUCUCUGGCUAAUUUAUAGUGAAGUGACGUAUUAUUUGGAUAGUAAUUUAGUAUUUAAAUUUAUGCCCGAUACAGAUAUGGACGAAAAGUUACGAAUAAAUAUAGAUAUAACCGUCGCUAUGCCUUGUUCGAAUAUUGGCGCUGAUAUCCUAGACUCGACUUCUCAGAGCGUGUUUGGGUUCGGUGAGUUGCAAGAGGAGGAUACAUGGUUUGAAUUAACGCAGGAACAGCAGGAUGCGUUUGAUGCUAUAAAAUACUUGAACUCGUAUCUCAGAGAAGAAUAUCAUUCUAUUUGGAAGUUAUUGUGGAAGAAAGGACAUGGGUCUGUUCGUGCGACUGUGCCGCCAAGGAAAACGAAGCCUAAUCGGCGCGCGGAUGCCUGUAGACUGCACGGCGUUUUAAUCCUCAAUAAGGUCGCAGGUAACUUUCAUAUAACUGCAGGCAAAAGUUUGCAUCUACCACGAGGUCAUAUACAUUUGAACAUGUUGUUCGAUGACACACCCCAGAAUUUCAGUCACAGAAUAAACAGACUCAGUUUUGGGAGUCCUGCGUAUGGUAUAAUUUACCCAUUGGAGGGUGAUGAGAAAAUUACUACAGACGAGAAUAUGCUGUACCAGUAUUUCAUCGAAGUGGUACCUACAGAUAUCGAUACCACAUUUGAGUCAAUAAAGACAUACCAAUACUCAGUUAAAGAGUUAGAGCGUCCAAUAAGUCAUUCGAAAGGCUCACAUGGAGUGCCCGGGGUGUUCUUCAAGUAUGACAUGGCCGCUUUGAAGGUCAAAGUUUAUCAGGAGCGAGAGAAUCUUUUACAAUUUAUGUUAAGACUGUUUUCGAUAAUUGGUGGUAUAUAUAUAAUUAUAGGUUUCAUUAAUACAGUAGUUUUAACAAUACGGACACAUUUGUUUAAAAAAGUUGCACCUCAUGUGUUAUUACAAAAGCCAAAUGACUUUACAUCAAAGUCGAGUAAAACUAACCCUCUGUUGUUUACACCUGAGUUAAGUGUUCCUUUAGGUAUAGUGAAACAAUGAUAAUAAGUUUAGGUUAAGUUUUAAUGCAAUUUUGUAUUAUAAUGAGAUUUUAUUACUUUUUUAAUUAUACAUUUUAUGAAUCAAUAAAUUGUUAAGCCUUUGCACUUGUAGGUUCUACUUAUGUAGGGAAAUGUGAAUUG